UGACUUGAACUAGCCAUCAUGUCUGGACGAGGCAAGGGAGGCAAAGGACUGGGGAAAGGAGGCGCCAAGCGUCACCGCAAAGUUCUCCGUGAUAACAUCCAGGGAAUCACCAAACCCGCCAUCCGUCGUCUGGCUCGCCGCGGCGGAGUGAAGCGUAUCUCCGGCUUGAUCUACGAGGAGACCCGCGGCGUCCUGAAGGUGUUCCUGGAGAAUGUCAUCCGUGAUGCCGUCACUUACACCGAGCACGCCAAGAGGAAGACUGUGACCGCCAUGGAUGUUGUCUACGCCCUGAAGAGGCAGGGACGCACUCUGUACGGAUUCGGAGGUUAAACAUCCCCUUCUGUCGAACAAAACCCAAACGGUCCUUUUAAGGACCACACACUUGUU